AUGUCGGAUCAGAAUGCGCCUGUUGCGCUUGCGCCCGUCGUGCCCGUCGUGCCCGAGAAGCAUGAAACCGUGGAAGUGGUCGAUAAGCCCGUGGAAACUUCCGUGACCGCCGACACCGAGACUGUAGCCAAAGACGAACCUACCAGUGUCGCAGCUGAAAAAGUAGCUGCAAGCGAUGCAGCUGCCACUGCCGCUACAGAGUCCGAAGUGGCAAAGCCUGAAGAACCCAAGGCCGAGAAGCCGACUUACCUGAGCAAGAACCCGGCAUUAGGCGAGUUGUUCAAUCGCCUACCAACCAUCCUUGAAAAUAUUGGUCACACUGAGAUGUGGGGAGUGCCCCUCAAGGAUAGCGACGAUGUUCCCACUGUCAACGUGUUGAUCAAGUUCCUACGUGCAAACGAAGGCAAUGCCAAAGCCGCCGAGACCCAGCUUAGCAAGGCACUCCAAUGGCGCAAAGACGUGAACCCACUGGCUUUGGCAGAGUCUGCGAGAUACAGUGCGGCCAAAUUCGAGGGGUUGGGAUACUUGACGACCUAUGAGGAGAACGGACGGCCCUUGGUGUUUACUUGGAACAUCUACGGAGCCGUGAAGGAUAUCAGUAAGACAUUCGCGAAUACCGAUGAAUUCGUCCAAUGGCGUGCCGCCCUUAUGGAACUCGCCGUCCAGGACCUGAAGAUGAAGGAUGCCACCGAGGUAAUCGAGUACGACGGCGAGGAUCCCUACCAGAUGAUCCAAGUGCACGACUACAUGAAUGUCAAGUUCUUCCGUAUGGAUCCGUCUGUCCGUGCCGCAACAAAGAAGGUCAUCGAAGUGUUCGCUACGGCAUACCCCGAGCUCCUGAGUGAGAAGUUCUUCGUCAACGUCCCUGCUAUCAUGGGCUGGAUGUUCACCGCCAUGAAGUUUAUCCUGAGCCGGAACACCACGCGCAAGUUCCACCCGAUCACUAGCGGCGUCAACCUGGCUCGGGAAUUCUCUGCUUCCAUUGCUGAACAAAUCCCCAAAGCUUAUGGUGGCAAGGGCCCAGAGCUGAAGGAAAAUGCUAGGUCUGUCCCGCUGGCCGAGGAGACGGAACAGGAGACCGAGGAUAAGGGUAAAUCUGCCGAGGAGCCUACUGUCGCUGAGCCCAUCGAGGAGGCGCCAUCGAAAGAAGAACCACCCAAGGCGGAGGCUGCCAAGGAACCACAGGAAGAGGCUGGUAAGGAGCCAACCAACGCAGAUGUCCCCAAAUCUGAGUCUCUCAAGGAAGAGCCUGCAAAGGAUGGAGCCCAGUAG